AUGCAGUUGGAGGACUUUGUGCCAGAGCUCUUGGCUCGCAUCUUGCAGGUUCUGGAUCAUCCCCGCGACCUCCUCUCCCUCAUCAGAGCAUCUCCUCAUUGCUUUCGAGUCUACGCCGAGUCGCCUGCAAUCAUCCUCUCACCAAUCCUCAAGAAUGCCAUUUUACCCGACGCGCUCCAUCAUGCUCUUGCCUGCGUGCACCUUCCAUCUAUUUCUUCACAAACUGUUCCAGUGGCUUUCCUCAGAGACUAUUUUCAGUAUGAACCACUCGCGUUUCCUACGGACAAGACUGCCCUCACUGCCCUCUGUGGGCUUUGUUUACGGACGUCCCACUUCGUGGACGAUUUUUCCAGUCGAGCAAUGCGUGCCUUGAAUCUUAAUUCUGAUGCCGGGCAAGCCACGGCAUCGGCCCUGUCGUCAACAGAACGCGCAAGAUUCCAGAGAGCAUUCUUUCGGUAUGAACUCUAUUGUAGAGUUUUUCCAGUUGACCACCAUGCUCGAAGCCGUUCGCUCGUCCCGGCCGAUGAGCAGUUUACUGAAUUCAUUGCUCGGAUGGCACCGUGGGAGGUGGAGGAAGUGUCCUGCGUCCACCACUACUUCACGGUUCUUAUUGGGAGGUUUCUUGACGAUCUUGAAGAUCAGUUCGUGGAAGCCGUUCGUACUGCUCCUGGCUUCCGUCACCCUAUUCUGACUGACUUUCUAACUGACUCUCCAACGCCGGAGCCCGCCAAACGCCGAAAAAUCCGCAGAACAACUGCCAGUGGCCUGAAGCAUGAUUCAUUCAUCCCGUCAUCGGAGCCGACCCAAAAGGACAUGGAUGACAGGCAGAGUCCUGCUGACAAUGCCAACGUGGUAUUUGUUAGCAACUUCGACCUAUACGGCCUUGACCUAUUCUCCUCGGACGGCAGGUUCCGGUCACCAAAAUACGUCAGUUACGUAGCAUCUUUGGGUUCGACGUUGAUGUACCGACUUGCUCUUGGCGAUAAAGGUCAGCGCAGACGCAUAAUCCAAGAGAAUACGCCCGUGUGGCGAGAUUUUCUCCCAGAGGCGUUGGAACACGCCCCCGGCACCGGUCCCAAGACCACCAUGCCUGACGGGAUUGACGAUAACCAUCUCUCGCACCCCAACUUGGGCUAUUAUCGGUUCAAACGCUCGGAAGAAGAAAUCUACUUUGGAAUCCUCAACGCCAGCAUCCUCAGCCGCCCUCUCCGAGAAAGGGCAUUUGUUUUCUGGGACGCCGAUAGGAUUCUCUGCCCCGUGGUCAGCGACCAACUGCAAAAAGCGAGACGUAUGGAUCCGGAAAGGGUGCAUCUGCAGUUCGAUCGAUACGAGGGCAAAAGCGCUGAGGAACGGCUGAAGGGCGUCAGGAUACCCAGGGUACAGAUGGACAGGAUAGUUGAAGAGUUCGGUUCUCUCUUUGAAUCAUGGCGAUCUAUUCACCACCAAUUGCAAGCGAAAAUGAAGAGAACCGGAAGCGGUGGUACUACCCGGUUCGCCCUGAUCUCCAAGAAGCCUCAGCAAGGACUGCUCUAUAAACCUGCUCAGUUACAGUUCGAUGAGACUCUGAAUGGACAUCGAGCUGUAGCACAUAAAUGGAUAGGCAUCUAG